UGGGAAGGUGCCUCUGGAGGAGUGGAAGGAAAGGGGAUGCGCUUGGAGCGCGAGCCGCUAUGUGUCUGCCGAGGACUGCACACCAAUCGGGCCAACUGUUAUUUCCCCGGUGGUCCGCUUGUCGGCUCGUCUUUUGCGCGGCGCAACGUGAUGCUUGCCGUACUUGGCCGAUGCUUGCGGAGCCGCGUCUUUCCCACGGUGGGAAUAAUGUCGCCCAUCGCGGCGGUGUAAAUCUGAAAACUGGGUUCAUCUUCUUCUCUUCGGAUUAAAUCUGCAUAUUGGUGUCGGUCACAUUGAGCAAGAGCACGAGAAGCCGAUCAGUUGUUUACCCAGAGUGGACAGUCACUGGAAAUGACCGAGAGAAAAGCAUGGUGCCUUAGGCUUCUACCAGUUCUCCUCUUCUUCAUGUCCUUUCUCACAUACUACUACUGUUCCUAUGCCAUACUUCAAAGCUUUACCGGCACCAGCAAGUCUGUCAACAUGAGCAAGUCUCUGUGUGGUGGCUGGCUGAUGCAGAAAAAGUGGCAGAGCCUCAACUUUAACAUUAGCAGGCAGACACAGCUCUUCCUAAAACUAGGAGAUUUCUUCUGGCGAGAACAUCUGUCAACGUUGGCGCUACCUUAUGGCAUCAAGGGCAGUGAACUGCAGCUCCUGAAAAUUCUCGCAGCAACAGCAAAUGAUCAGAUGCCGGCCAACAUAGACAACCUUGAAUGCAGAACCUGUGUUGUCAUCGGCAACGGUUUUGCCAUUAAAAACACAUCCCUCGGAGGCAUCAUUAACAAACAUGAUGUGGUCAUCCGAUUCAACGACUCUCCGGUGAGGGGCUAUGAGGACGACGUCGGUAACAAGACCACCAUGAGGUUCUUCUACCCUGAGUCUGCCACCUAUAAUCCAGGCUUGAACAAUGAGCCUGGCACAUUAAUGGUCUUGGUGCCAUUUAAACAACAAGAUCUACGGUGGCUCAAAGAAAUACUCUACAACGAAAAGAGGGUCAGGAAAGGCUUUUGGAAACCCCCUCCCCAAAUCUGGUUGGGUGAUGUCAGUCAAAUCCGAGUGCUGGACCCGCACUUUAUGCACCAGACAGCAGAGAAGCUGCUACAAAUCCCCCUGAACCCCAAGAGUAAACAGAAGCCAGUUCAUCCCACGACGGGAAUCCUUGCUGUCUUUGUUGCUCUCAACUACUGCGAUGUGGUCCACCUAGCUGGUUUUGGGUAUCCAAACUCAAGGAACAUCAAGCACCCAAUUCAUUACUACGGCUAUGAUACUAUGAAAGCAAUGAAGAACUCUGCCCAUGACCUUGGUCUUGAAGCUGAAGCCUUAAAAAGACUGGAGGACUCAGGUGCCAUCGUUUAUCUGCACCCACAUUUAUGAUACUGUAUGAUAGGUUGCAAAAUCAAUCUAUGCAUGAGGUCAUCUGAUCUCAGUUGAAAUUUCAGAGUGAUUUUCCAGAUGAGGAUUAUUCUUAUUGUAUGUUAUUAUUGUUCAGUAACAUCACAAAUACACCAUCACAAAUAGUUCACACAGCACUUGGUCUCCUCUCAUAUUGGAAAUAUGAAAGGUAUCAAGGUUGUUUUCUUUUAUUUAUUAUUAUUUUUCUUCAAAAGCAAUGCGACUGAUACUGGUACCACUGGAUACUUUGAUUGUACAUAAUGAAAUAAAUGUUUAAAUAAAAAAAUGAACCUUU